CGGGACUCUGGGCGCGGCCCAGCCGGCGGGAGGAAUCUCAACCGGCCGCUGCUCAUGGAGGCCGGCGGAGGUGAGGAGAAAAGUAGCGGAGCGGACGGGAAGGCUGAGAAGGAAGGGAAGAGGGGUGAGAGGACCUCGUCGAAGACGGAGAGGGCAGGGGGUGAGGGAUGAGGAGGGAGACAUUUCUUUCAGCCACGACUCAACAGCGUUUGAAAUAAUAUUAAAAGUCAAAAAAUGCCCCUGAGCAUGCACAGAGUGCAUUCCCCCCCUCAGACAUGAACCAUGUCUCCUGGUUUUUCAUUACCACUUGGCUCCGAGGCCGCCUCCUUAAACGGAGCACUUGCCGUAGGAUUUGAUCCCACGGGGAGGAGGUAGAAUAGGGUUGUUGUUGUUUUUUGGUAAGGUUCACCGCACUAGCAAUACCUGCAGAGAAAGUCAAGGAUGCAAAUUUUUUUCAGCAUAUGGAGAUUCAGUGAAAAGGGAAGCUUAACUUGUUGAGUUUCUGCAUGUUGGUAGAUUCCCGGCUGAUCCUGGUAGAUCGCGGGAUCCCCAUCGUGCACAAACAGUUAUGGGGGGAGGUAACUAAAAAACUCUGCAAUCCUGUGCAAAACAGCUCAACAGCUCUGGGCAAUCCACGCACCCCACGCACGCUCCUCCUGCCUCCAAUGACAAUGGUAGAUCACUGCCAGUUUUUUUUUUAUAUACUGGGAGUAGAUCAGUCUCUUGGGAGUUGGAUAUGCCACUAUAGCUGUUAAAAGCGCAGGGAGGAGCUGGCAAGCCAUUUCUGGGUUGAUAAGCCUAUGGGAGUUACCGGUAGUUGGAGUCCUGGAUACUGGGUGCCCUUACUUUAGUAGUUGCCAAAUUACCACACACACAUGCCUGCUGCCUUUAAGGGAUACACUAGUUGCAUGUCUGAAAUAGGAUACCUGUAAGAUAGUUUCUGUGUUUGUAGGGAAGGGGGCUUUUUUUUUUUUAGGUAAUAGAAAAUUGGAAUCCAUAAAAAGAAGGGAAGCCUGGGGUUGUGAGCUGUAGGAGUGAGAAUAGGAGCAGCAAGGAUGAUGUCGAAUCAAUGAAGCCUGAGAGAGCAGUGUGUAUGUCGCUUGGAAUAGGAGGUAUCGAUGGAAGAAAAUGCUGGAAAGUAGGAACAUGGGGACUGUGAGGAAUGGGUAGCAUGAUUUUGCACAGCAAGGACUGAAUGGGAAUAGUGCUGUGAAAUUCUAUAGGUCAGGCACUAGAGAAAACCUGGAUAUUAUUAUUAUUAUUAUUAUUAUUAUUUUCCAUAGCUGGUAGGAAAUCAUACCGUUAUAUUGUAAACCACUAGAUUUCAUUCUGUUAUUUAAGCUGCAACACAGUUUUACUGUAUUUAUCAAUUGUUCAUGAGAGACGCAAGACGUCAUUAUGAAACAAUGAUACCUUGAAGGAUCACUAGCAGAAAUAGUCAGUUGCAUCAUUCAGGAAAACGAGCUUAAUUUAUCAACAUUCAGAAUGUGCAUUUGAAACCCCUUGACUAAUUUCUGAAGAAAUAUAUCCUUCAUUUGCUGGAUUUACUGCCUCCAUCAGCAAACAGAAAUUUUCAUACAAGUAAACCUCACACAAUAGGGGCAAGGGGAAAUAAAAAAAGUGCUUGAUCCCAAAGUAGUGAUCAUUUAGACCAGAGGUGGGAAAACCUUUUUCAUAUAAAGUUUCAUACCCGUAGUAGGCAGGGUCAAGGCCAGUAGUGAAUGGGGGACAUUCCAUUUGUUUUAGACGCUAUGUAUGAUGAAAGCUUAUCAACACCAUAUCAGAGCAAGCAAAAUUUAACUGGGUACAUUCCGCAUCACCCCAAAUUCAGUCACUGGUUAUUUCUAUUUACAGUGGUACCUCAGGUUACAUACGCUUCAGGUUACAUACGCUUCAGGUUACAGACUCCGCUAACCCAGAAAUAGUACCUCGGGUUAAGAACUUUGUUCAGGACGAGAACAGAAAUUGUGUUCUGGCGGCGCGGCGGGAACAGGAGGCCCCAUUAGCUAAAGUGGUGCUUCAGGUUAAGAGCGGACCUCCGGAAUGAAUUAAGUACUUAACCCGAGGUACCACUGUAUUUGGUCUUUCAUAAACCAGAGGAAUGUGAAAGGUACAGUGGUACCUCGGGUUAAGUACUUAAUUCAUUCCAGAGAAAGAGGGACGCGGGUGGCGUUGUGGGUAAAACCUCAGUGCCUAGGACUUGCCGAUCGCAUGGUCGGCGGUUCAAAUCCCCGCAGCGGGGUGAGCUCCCGUCAUUCAGUCCCAGCUCCUGCCCACCUAGCAGUUCGAAAGCACCCUUAGGUGCAAGUAGAUAAAUAGGUACCGCUUUAUAGCGGGAAGGUAAACGGCGUUUCCGUGUGCUGCGCUGGUGCUGGCUCGCCAGAGCAGCUUCGUCAUGCUGGCCACGUGACCCGGAAGUGUCUUCGGACAGCGCUGGCUCCCGGCCUCUUAAGUGAGAUGAGCGCACAACCCUAGAGUCGGACACGACUGGCCCGUAUGGGCAGGGGUACCUUUACCUUUAAACCAGAGGAAUGGGGUAGUGAUGUUGAUAAGACUCUUCCGAACCCCAGCCGACCACAGUUAAGACCCACCCUUUGCAAACUUAUCCAAACUGGAGGUGCUUUCACGAAAUUGUGAUUGGUGUCUAGAGCCUGGACAAAACCCCAACAAAUGUUAAUUUAAACGAAUAUUUUGCUUUGAGAAAUAUUUUGUUUUUGUAUGAUUUGUUCAGUCGUUCAACAGUGGGGUUUCCCUCAUUAAGGCUGCAAACAUAUACACAUUUGCUCAGGUCUUACUGGGGAGAGGUUCUUCAGAUGUUAAUGUGUAUUCAUUCACCUACUUCAAAAUGUAGUUGGCCAAACCUGUUAUAUCUGGGGGAAUUUCUGCUCAUUCUGCUGAGUAGGGUCCACAACUUCCACCCCAAAGACUUGCACUUAUGGCAGAGUGUAAAGCAAACCCCACCUCAUCUCAGAAGUUGGAGGCACACUGUUCAGGGUUUGAUAAUCCCCUGUUCAGGAGGCAGCAAAUACACUUAAACUACCAGCUUAUUAACACAUAACUAUGCUCUUUGCGUCACAAAUUAAAGUUGGUUAACUGCAAAUUAAAGUGGCUAUCUGUGUGGCUAGUUCUUUACCCGCCAGCUUAUAGGGGUAUUGGGCUACUUCACUGUUGUACGAACACUGGAAAGGCACAGUAGCUCUAGUAAGACAUAAAAUAAAAUAGGCACCUGUAUUUCAUGUUGGAAUCUUGCCUUUCAUAAAAAUGGAAUAUCUGUGUCAGUUUUUGAUUGAGAUUUAUUCAUGUCAGAACCUUUAGAUCUUGCUUCCUAAGCUACUCAUCACAUUUACACCGAAAGGUUUAAGUUAAGUGUUCUGUUCUACAUAAGAAUAUGUGUGUGUGUGUGUGUGAGAAUGUAUAUGUAGUUGCUGCUAAUGGAAAGGUUUGUUCGAUAAAUGAGGUGUCUCUUGUUAAGAGCGUAUGUACUUCUGUGAGGAGGAAAAGGCCAGCAAGCUUGUUAUCAGGUUUUAUUGCAGCUCUCCCAAGAAAAAAAUUUCCUUUUCCUGCUGUUAGAUUUCUUUGGUGUCAGACAAAUAUUAUAUAUGCCUUAUCGGCUUAAUGAGAAAAGCUGUAAGAGAAUAUAAAACUUAAAAAUAAAAUAAAAUCUGAAUUGUGCCCAAGGUAUUUAGUCAUCACUUCUGAUCUGAUCACUUAUUUAUGUAGUAACUUUAUUAGCAUAAUGAAAUAAAAUUUUAAAAUAGAUAAUUAAAAGCCAGCAUGCCAUUAGUUGUUUAAAUUAAUUAAACCUGGAUAUUUUUAGUAAUCUAUGAAGUUUUUUUGUUUGUUUUUAUGAAAGUCUGAAUGCAUCCACCUUUCCUAUAUGCAGCAGUGAGGCAGAGCUCUGCCAUUCAUAUUACCUCUUUCCUGUUGAGUUGCUGCAGCAUACCAGGAACGAGAGAAGAGAGAGAGAGAGGGAGAGAGAGCGGGGGAAGUGUUGCAAGGUUGUGUGAUGCAAAUGUGCCAGCAGAAGCAUGGACACAUUUGCCACACCCCUCUGUUCUAUUUUGCUGUAGUGACUCAGCCAGACAGAGGUCAGGUGAAUGGUGCAACCCCAGCACAUCAUCCGCUGCUGCCUGUGUGACAUGCAUGUGGAACAGUCCUCUGGAUGUUGCUGAACUAUAUUCCCCAUCAGCCCCAGCCAGCAUGGCAAUAGUCAAGGCUAAAUGGGAAUUGUAGUUAAACAAUUUUGGAGGGCCAAAGCUUUCCCACUUCCACUACAUGGAAUAUAGAGCUUUCCAGUAUUUUUUCUGUGGCAACUGGAGUACAGUGGUACCUCGGGUUAAGAACUUAAUUCGUUCUGGAGGUCUGUUCUUAACCUGAAACUGUUCUUAACCUGAGGUACCACUUUAGCUAAUGGGGCCUCCCGCUGCCGCCACGUGAUUUCUGUUCUUAUUCUGAAGCAACGUUCUUAACCCGAGGUACUAUUUCUGGGUUAGCGGAGUCUGUAACCUGAUGCGUAUGUAACCUUAAGCGUCUGUAACCCGAGGUACCACUGUAAAAUGAAUGGUUGUGGAACUGCAGUCUCACAUAUCUCUGUUAUACUGUAUCUAACCCCCCUGCCCCAUAACUGAACUGUCCAUGAUAGGCGAUACAAUUCCAUUUUGAGGAACCUAUUUUAUCUGUGCUCCAUCCUGUAAUUGGUUAAUUAAAUAAUCAUCCUGAAUUAUAACCAUGACUGUCCUAAGGGCUUGGGGUGGUUACAGUAAUUAUUUGUCACAGUAUGUAUUUAGCAGGCCACUACACGCAAUAUAGGAAAGAUGUGUUCACAAUAUAAUAAUUUAUUAGAUUAAUAUAACUGUCCAUCAAUAAAAAAAUCCUAAAUGACUUACAACAAAAUAUCAAAAACAGAGAGGAAUUCAAUGACCUAAUGUGAUUGUUCUGUCAGCAGAACAGUGCCAUUUAUGCUUGCCAGACAGAAAUAUCUCCCCCCUUCUCCCCCCAUGUGCUGCUUUGAGGGUUCUCUUGAACCCCCCUAGCUGAUUUGAGGGUGGGCAUGAUGGGACGCGGGUGGCACUGUGGUCUAAACCACUGAGCCUAGGGCUUGCCAAUCAGAAGGUUGGCGGUUUGAAUCCCAGUGAUGGGAUGAGCUCCUGUUGCUCAGUCACUGCUCCUGCCCACCUAGCAGUUCAAAAGCAUGUCAAGUGCAAGUAGAUAAAUAGGUACCGCUCUGGCGGGAAGGUAAAUGACAUUUCUGUGCGCUGCUCUGGUUUGCCAGAAGCAUCUUAGUCAUGCUGGCCACAUGACCCGGAAGCUGUCUGUGGACAAACGCCGGCUCCCUCAGCCUAUAGAGCGAGAUGAGCGCGCAACCCCAGAGUCAUCCGCAACUGGACCUAAUGGUCAGGGGUGCCUUUACCUAUGAGGGGACACACUAGGGGGAUGAAAGGCCCAUUGUGCUAGUGGGAUUUGUGCUGACUCCUGUUUGUACAAUUACUUAGUUGAAUCCAGCCCAAAGUACAGUGAAAAACAUUUUUGCAUAGAAGCAGCAUAAAAGGUAUAACCCUAAUUGAAAACUUCUUAAAAGAGGAUGUAAAGAACAUGAUUUUUACUUUGUGCUGUGAAACUAAAGAAGGUUCCAGAUGAGCCACUCUCAGGAGGUUCUAUAGUUGAGGUGCCAACACUAGAAAUACCUUCAUCGUAACCAUAUGCCUUCCUUCAGUUACCGGGUGCACCCUGGUCAGGGUCUUAAUAUAAGAUCUUAAGGUUUAAGCAGGCAGAAGGUGGUGAUCUUAAGCCACUUAGGAUGUUAAAACCCACAAUUUAAAUUGCUCCUGGAAAUAGACUGGGAGCCAAUACAACUGGUAAAACAUCUAGUAUCAAUUAGUAAUCUUGGGGCUCUAUUUUGAAACAACUGCAAUUUCUGGACUGCUUUCAAUGGAAGCCCCUUGUAUACUGCACUGCAGUAGUCUAAACAGGCUGUUACAUUCAUCACUUACCUGCCCCUUCACUAAUCUCCCCUUCAAAUAUGUAUUUUUUUAAAGCUGCUAUUUAAGGUAUUUAUAUACUCUCUCUCUCUCUCUCUCUCUCUCUCUCUCUCUCUGUGUGUGUGUUUAUGUUAAUGUUAUUGACCAUGCCAUGGGACACAUAGGAAUCAUUAUCAUCAUUCAUUAUCUCAUUCAUGAAUUCCAUCCUAUGAGACAUCCCAGAGUAAUUUACAAUGUAAUAGAACAAUGGCAUAUAUAAAAACAGCAAUAUCAUUUGCAUAUAUAAAAGCAUACAUAUAAAUCAGAAUAACACCACUUAUAUUAAAUUAAUUUGAAUCCAAUACAGAUGCUAAGUCUCCACUUAGCAGGUUGUCUUCAAAUGGGAAAGAAAGGACAAUAGAGAAGGCACUGCUAAACAUGUUGCUAACACAUAUUUUUUCCUAUUAUGUGAAGUAGCUCUAAAUUAGUGGAAAAGGAGGAACCAAACAAGGAAAUCUAAGCAGAAUCUGGCAUAUAUAAAUACAUUUAAGCAUCCUAAUUAUGGCUUCUAUAACAAUUCCUAAUUGACUUCCUGCUAGAAAAGGAUAGUGACAGGAACCAGACUGUCCCUGCCAGUUUUUCUUUUUAAAGUAUGCGUGCAUAUGAUAGAGUUGUAUAAAUUAUCUUGUCAGCUACUCAGCACUCUUACUGAACAGUUCCAUAAAGUGCUGCUGUUGCCACCUGAACUGAACAGUUUUGCACACUACUGAAAGUCAUCCACUUCCUAUGAGUAUCCACCCCACCUCCUUGCCAUCCAGAAAAGAGUUUUUCUGCUUUGUUUUUUAAAGCAAAAAUAGUCUUUUUAAAAUAAUAAUAAUAAUUAAUUUGGUUUUCAGAUUAAAGUUUUACAAUCACAUAUCCAACAUACAACGUAAAGGCAAGAUUCCAAAGAAUCUCCUGGACUUCCCUCCUCCCAUUUGUGGGUCCUAUUAAUCAUUUCCAAUUCCAAGGUGCUGAGGUCCCUUCAGCCCCCCCCCAGUAAAAUAUUUGAGGGAGCCAGGCCCCCCAAAGUUAAUGGGCAUUGCCAUUCAAACGGGGGUGUGGGGUGUGUAUGCCGUGUCUUGUGAUCGAUUAUGUGGGGCAGGGCUUACUUUGCCCCCCCCCCCAAUAAUUUACUCAGGUUGGCAGCCCUGAGCAGUGGCCUCUGUGAUGCCAAAAUUCAGUGUCCCCCUGUACCUCUCCUUCCAUUCUACAUCAUAGUUGUGGCACUCCCAAGGCUCUGCAGCCAGGAUGGCCGAACCGGUUACGCUCCCCUAAAUCCUUCUCUGAUUUGAUCUGUAUUGGAAAGUGGAAGGGACAGAACACAUCUAAGCUAGGGAUGGGAAAUAUUUUUCAGCCUGUGCUUUCCUCAUGAGGAACCUUCUGAGAGCCACAUCCCAACAAUGGGCAGUCCAGAGGCAGAGCUGUGCAGAACAGUUGAUAUGACUCUUGCCUCACAAAUGUCAGAGGUUACCAGACAUGCACAUAUUUCCACCCAGGCAAGCUGGAAUCAAGGACACAUUCCAGUCAGGAGUGGGUGGAGCAGGGUUGGUGAGGGAUGGGGCCUGGUGAAGAGUUACAAGGGCUGGAUAGAGAUGCCUGGAGGGCCACAUUUGGUCCUUAGGCCUGCGGCUCCCAAGGGCUGAUCUAAGUCAUCUGUAGAAGCUGCUAUGUAGAAGAUGUACGCUUGCUGUUUUGUUACUUUUGACAUUCCAUGUGCUUUUGCCUCAUCAUUUUUCUUUCCCCCAAAGCAAGUGUUGUAUAGAGAACGAAGACUUUCGAUCAAAGUGAUUCUGCUUAAGUACAGUGGUACCUCAGGUUACAUACGCUUUAGGUUACAUACGCUUCAGGUUACAGACUCCGCUAACCCAAAAAUAGUGCUUCAGGUUAAGAACUUUGCUUCAGGAUGAGAACAGAAAUUGUGCUCCAGCGGCGCGGCGGCAGCAGGAGGCCCCAUUAGCUAAAGUGGUGCUUCAGGUUAAGAACAGUUUCAGGUUGAGUACGGACCUCCGGAACGAAUUAAGUACUUAACCCGAGGUACCACUGUAAUUGGUUUCAAUAAUUAAGCAGAUUUUUAAAAAUGUAAUCAAUUCUAUUUAAUUUUUCAUUAUUCAUGAGUUUCAGGUGUCUCCAGAGAAUUUAAACUCCCAAAUUGACUUUGUAGCAAGAGAUUAUAAGGUUGACCAAUUUGGAACUUUGUCUGGGUGAUAGAGGCAGUAUCGGUAAUUAGAUAGAUGAACCUGAUCUUUCCCUGUUCACUAUAAAAGGAUAGUGGAGUGAGCUGCGCCAUCGCUGUCUUUUUUCUUUCUUGUCAUUUUAAGGAUAUGCCACUGAGCUAUAUGAAUAUCUGUACUGUAUGAAAAUUAUGUAGCAGCUUUCACUGCAAAAAUAAUUAGGACAAAAGCUUAUGAUUUCCUGAUGAGGUGGUUCUUUAUGUUUUUAAGUCAUAGUUUUAGUGUAUUGACACGGAAUUUAACUUUCCAGAUGCAAGACAAUCAAUAGGACAACCUCAUAGCUCACAAUGUUUCUGUUUCCUGUCUAUGAUGUCAUAAAGCUCCAUGUUGGUCAUAGCAAUGAAAUGAAUAUUAAACAAGCUGUUUCUGGUUGAGCUGAAGGUCAAGCCACUGUUAAUCUGGUUUCAAAUAUUUUGUGUGUUUUUAAAUAGUCCAGCUACUCUUUUGGGCAUGAUAAUGAUAGAUUUUAUGCAAAUAUUUUGCAUUUUGGCAUAAUCUUUUCAGACAAUUAAUAAACUAACAAUAUAAUAAAGCAAUUAUUUCCACAUUUAACCAAAACAAGAAGUAAAGAAUAUAGGUUUUGAUAUUUUUGAUAUUUUCUCCAACAAAGGGUCUUGUUGGAGAACAAGUAUGACCGGCACAAAUUCGUUUGGAGAUGCUUUUGUCAUCUUUGGAAUGUGUAUGGCAGGACAAGCUGUGUGAAGUGAAUGUUUGCCUGCUACAAAGCUGUCAUGGGGCCUCUGUCUGUUAAAUGUGCCAAGCAGAAUGAUCAGAACUUGGUUUAUUGGAAAUAGAACUCAUAUGCUCCUAUAACUUUUCAUUAAGUGAAAUGUAAUAUAAUAUUGUAGGUAAUCUUAGCUACCUUAGAAUGAAUUACCUGAAUUAUUCCAAUAUAUACCUUAUCCUGAACUUAACGGAACACAGUGUAGUGUGUCUUAUAAUGUGCUAAUACCUUUAUGAGAAAAGGAAAGUGCACAGCGCAUAGGAUUAGUGAUGGUGUGAAUUUGGAAUAUGAACUCACCUAGUUUGGAAAGCCAAAACCCAUUACAAACCAGACCCAGGCCUUUCAAGGAUCAGCUGGUAAUGAAAUUCAUCCUUGCUACCUGCUAGCUCCCUUCGCCAGUAUUUUAAUCCACUUUCAAAGCAAAAAGGUUAUUCUUGGAAAGGGGAGUAACUGAUGGUAGGGAGGGCUCACUAGAGACAGUACUGGUCAUUCUGACACUCAGGAUUGUAUUUUUUUGCCCAAGGCAUUGGAAUUUGUAAGUUCUUUUGCUUCCUUCACUGAAUUUUGGGGAGAGUAAAUAACAAGUUCCCCAGCUUGUUAUUUCCUGCUGGGGAACAUGGGAUCUUAGUUUCCUUGGCUGCUCUGGAGUUCUAAAUUCCCAUGCUCCCCAAAAGCAUAUGAUGUUCCCAAACAUGCUGUGGAGUGUUAUUUCCAGGCUGGCAAGGGUUUUCCUGUUUCUAGCCUGCUCUCCCUGUCACUGGCUGUCUCCUACUCCUUCUCAAAAGUAAGCAUAUUUGGAGUGAAGGGUGAGGGGAACUGGCAAGUUUCUAGUUUUCUCAAAAAUAAAAGAAGAUUGAGGUUUGUGUGCAUAGGGUUAUUGAUUUCAAGGGAUUUUCACCCAUCGUUGCAUAUGAUAGUUUAAACUUGGAUACCCUAGUAUACAACAUUUUGCAUGUCAAAAUAACCCUUCUGUAAUCAUCAACUAUCUUUACAGUAUGCAUCCUUCCCUGUAUUGAAUGUUAAAUUGAGAAGCUGAUGUAUUGCUUCAAGUUAGCAUCAGUUGUUUGAGAAGAUGGUAGAAUCAUAGAAUUGUAGAGUUUGAAGGGGUCCUGAUGUUCAUGUAGUCCAACCCACGGCAAUGUAGGAAUCUCAACACAUAGUCCCCAAGCUGAUUUCAAACCAUACCAGAUCCUGCUUAGCUUUGCACAUGUGCUAGCGGUUUUUAUUGUUACAUCUUUAGGAGGCAAUGCCAGUUUGUUUCUUGGCUCUGAAUUAUAUCAGUGUUUGAUGAAUAGCCACAUUCCACCCCCCUUCCCCUUGUUUACUAUGGACCAGAUGGGCAAAAUUCCAUCUUACUAUAGGAGUAACAUACCUGAAUGUCUUUAUAAUGGAUGCCUGUUGCCUCUAGUUAGAGUAUCUGCUUUGCUUUCAUUCUGAGCGAUGGUCCACUUAUGCCUACAACAGAAUAGGUGUUUAGUGACAAACUACCCCCAAGUCUAAGGGUUUACAUUAAGUCUAUUGACUAAUUAUUUUUUCUUUUUUAAAGCAACAUAAUUUUAAGCACUGAGAAAGUAAUAUUUCCACUAUACAGUACUUGCUAAAAUGGUCACUAAGGACAGGCUGACAGAAAUAUGGAAUGCUUUAUGAAGUUUGUUUGUCAUCCUUGUGCUGGGGCCACGCUAAUCUUCUGUGUAUUUUUCCAAUUUUUCUAUAGAUUAUUUGCAUUUAUAAAAUGUAAGACAUGUUUGAUUGGUCGCUUAACUAAUACACUUGCUGAAAAGAUGUGAAACUGCAGAUACAGAUAGUAUUUUCUGGGAAAAAAGUCAUUGUUCCUUGUGUGUGACACAAAGGGUGGUUAUGCAGAAUGGGGCCUUCUUGGUAGUGGUGCUGAGACUCUAGAAUUCCCUCCCUGGGGAGAUGCACCUUGCUGCUUUUUUGAUGGCAUACAGAUUCCAAGUUAAAACUAUCCUGUUUGAAAGCCAUUUGUGAGAAAGUUAUUUAAAAAUUAAGUUGUAUGUUGCUGCUGUUUUGUAUUUGCUAUGUGGACAUUUGUAUUUGCUAUGUGUUAUAAUUUUAUUUCUUGGAGGUUAUUGCUUACUUAUUCUCAACUAUCUUGUGGAUAUUUUGUGAUCAAAAGGAAAGAUAUAAAUAUUCCACAAAAACAAAUAAAUGCUUAGGCUGUGCAAACGUUUGUCACAGCAGCUGAAGUCCAUAGAUACAAUGCAAAAUGGUUUACAGUUCUGUUUAUUGUAUUGCUGCAAAGUGGGGGAAGGUACAAAAGAUUAAAUAAUGCAGAGAUUGUCCUACAGUGCUUUUGCAGUCCUAGCCAUAUUCCUGUUUGAAUCAAGAUAAAUAUCAGACAUGUGAAAUGAUGUAAUUCAUUUGUAGGAAGACAUUCCAUCUCAAAACCACGCCCUCCAGUUGUAGUUGUACGCCAUGUGAGCCACCACAAUAUUCACCUUAGUUGGGACUUGGAAGAACAACGAAAAGGUCCUCAGGAACAAUGGUUAAAAUUUUCAGUUGAAGAAGAGGACACGAAGUUGCAUAAAUAUGGUCUAAUUUAUACGUAAGUGAAGUUGUGCUGCCCCCUACAAAAUAAUUUGAAAGCUUGGAUAACAAAGCUGACAUACUUAACAUAAAUCAGUGGUUCUGAAAAUGGUCUUUGUGGUUGUAGGUGUAACAAGAGUAUGUCAAUACUUCCAUGCAUUGCAGACUCUUCCCCUAAAUCUGUACCUCUCAGUGCAGCAAGUACCACUCAGAUGACUUGAAAGGGGAAGGUUCUAUAAUCAUGGAAUCAAAUCAUUGAUGGGUCUGACUUGUUGCUGUUGGAUCCCGAGUGUGGACCACAUGACCCUUCUUCAUCCAGUAGUUCUCGUGUUGCUUUUUGUGGCUAAAGCAUAACUCCUUCACUAUUUUACUCUUGUUUCUUUGCUUCUAACUUUAUGAUUUAAUUUGUAAAAAGUUUUCUUAAUUGUUGAAAAGGUCAGUACAUUAAACGAUAAAAUUGAUCUUCCUCUUGAUUUUCGGGGGGGGGGAAGUUUUAUUAUCAGUUACAUUGAGCAUUUGGAGAGGUGGUUUAUGUGUUGUAAAAGUAAAAUAAAUAAAUUGACUGCAGUGCUACAUAAGCUGCCAGUGGUCCCCUGACUGCUCUGAGGUUUGCUCUGAGAGAUCAUACGUUCUGUUGUCAUCAGAAAAUUUCUAUGUAGAGUUUGUCACUAGGUGGCAGAAUUAGACUGUUUGAAUACUACCUAUUUCAUCAUAUGUCAAGCUACAUAUCUUAUACUAUAAACAGUACUUUAAAAUUUAAAGCAUUCUGAGCAUUCUAGGAAACAAUCUCUUUACAAUGUCAGACAGCUUAGAAGGAUUUUUGCUUUUUAGUUAAAGCAGUAGCACAUGGCAAAGUAAUGGUAAUUCUGAUAGACAUUUUUUGGUAUUCCAAAUAUUAUAUGAAGACAUUAAAUUAAAAUAUUCAAACCUGAACUUUUGCCCUUAAAAAUGUGCUGGGAGUAUAUAUUUGAUGACAUUUAUGUAGAUGUUCUAGUUCUUGUUUUUGAAGACCUGAAGUCCUUGGGUGAUAUCCAACAUAAGUCAUACUCAGAGUAGACCAAUUGAAAUCGUAGAUUUCACAGAGUCUACUCUGAGUAUGACAGAUAUUGGCUAUCGCCCUUUCUUUCCUUUUGGGUUUUAAAGUAUGUACAGCUUAGGUAUUCAUGUAGGUUUGAGAAAACUUUGGAUUUGUAUGUGCAGUUAGGGCAAAUGAAUUUGCAGAUGGAUUCACAGUGGCACAACAAUAAUGUGCAUUUAAAAAGAACAAUUUUGGCACAUAUUUCCCAUCUAAGCGGAUGGGUUUUUUCCCCAGUGACCUUCAUACAUUCACAGUAACAGGUGUUUGCUACUUGGUUUUUAGUACCAUUUGUAUUUUUAAUUUUAUUUUUAGAGUUAGUCUUGUAUAAACAAAACAUGUGAAAAUGAUUUUAAAAAAAUUUUUUUUUGGGGGGGGAAUAACAUUACUCUCUUUUAGGGGCUAUGCUCAACAGCAUGUGGUGGAAGGUCUUGAACCUAGAACAACCUACAGAUUUCGGCUUAAAGUGACAGAUCCUUCAGGGGAGUCUGCUUACAGUACACCUGUUUGUGUAACCACAACGAGUAAGUUGGCAAUUCAUUGUUCAUUCUAAGUAUGCACAAUAUAAAUUUGAUUUCUACCCAAUGAAAAUAGCUAUUAAAUGGAAAGCAGUUUAUUAAGUAAAUUUAACAUGCAGCACUGCUCUCAAUUAAGCAUUUUUAUGCAGUAUCUUAUUUGGGAUACAUUUUAGACCUUUUGUAUUUGGUAUUUCUCACUGUUAUCUAAAGUGGGGAAAAACCCUUAUCUUAAAAUGUUUGCUUGCUUUUUUGAUGUUGUCUUCUCGCUAUUCAGUCCUUGGCUGCCCAAAUUAGAAAACAGGACAAGAAACCUCAUCAGUUUCAUAAAGUCUCCGUGCUCUUUAAUGAACUGAGCUAGGCAUCCAGACAGUAUUGAUUAUUUAGGAAUUCAGUCUACAAAAAUAUUAUCUGUGGUGAUCCCACAAUGAAUCACUACAUCUGGGUGGCUAGCUAAAAUCCAGCCAUUAGGAACAACAUGUACCACUUUGUGUCCUUUUGAAGAUACAUAUCUAGUAAGAAGCGUGCUUCUUGGCAGCAGAACUACUUGUCCUGGGAGUUAAGAAUGGAGUGUUGUAUAUUCCAGUCCUCAAGAAAUCCAUGCACCUCUCCACACUCCCUGAGUUGGGAGUAAAUUAUCCUGUUGAAGUUAAUAGACUUCUGUAUUGUACCAAAUAGGUUCACAGCCAAAAGCUUUCAACUGUUUCACCGAUUUCCCAUUGUGCUCUAGCCCAUGGUGAGCUAUCCUAGAACAUUUUAGUGAAAGUAUGGCUGAAUCCCUUUGCCAUUGCUUCCUAUGUAACCACCAGAAGCCAUUAAACUUUAGCAUCUUAAUAUAACACGCUCACAUUUCUCCAAAGGCCGCCAUUCCUGAAUUGAAACCUUGUUCUGAAAACAGUGUGAGUUUUCGGGGGGGGGUGUGUUUGGGAAAUAAUCCUAUGCAAAUUAGGGUAAACAUUUCAGUUUGCAUUGGAAAAAAUUCUGAUACCUAGAGAAUGAUCUAAUUGAGCAUGCUUAUUUUACUUACAUUCAGUUAACAAAGCAAAACACUUUGAAUGUACAAAGCUUGCCAAAUAUUGUAUCAGCAAUUGGCAUCCAUUUGUUGUUACUAAUGUGUUUAUGAAAUGGAAAAUUUUCCUCAGGAAAAGAAAGCAUUGGAAAGAAUUCUGCCCGUCAUUAUCUAAAAAUAUGUUAUGCGUUUGGCAUGUUCAUAGCUCAUUUUAAUAUUGCACUUCACAUAAUGUUUGCUUUCUAAAUAGCAUAAUGGAUUUGGAUAAAAAUCUGAAUUGUAAAACCAGGAUUUUCCUAUACAAUGCACAGCUUUAUUAUAUGUAAAUAUCCAAAUCCAUUCAUAUUCAUAUUUCAUAGCUUCGUUGUUUUAAUGUGCAUGUUAGGAAUAUGCACAUUAAAACAAAAUGUCUCCUUUGGUUUAGCAUUUGCAUUCAGCUGGAAAAAGCCUUCAUAAAUCAGAAUGCAAGUACUUUGAAAAAGGGUGUGAUGCUGCUUCUUUUUUUCCUCAGGUAAAAUACAAGAAAGUCCUGUUUAAAUGAGGCGUGCAAUUUUAAUCAAUUGGUCCCUAAAAUAGAAAGACAAACAGCUGCUGCCUGUUAAUUGGAGAAUGUCUUCACCAAUGAGUUCAUCAUUUAUUCAGUUUUCAAUAGAGCCUUCAGUUCCAUAAAUAAAAUUCUUAUAGCCACAUUAGAAUACAUUGCUCUGUUCAUCUGCAACCCAGUACCAUUUUAUGAAGGAUUUAUUUCCGAAGACAAAAGCAUGACCUUCACCUAUCCGGAUUCCUUUUGUUUAUUCAGUAAUCACAUUUAUUGUGUGGACACAAUUUUAAUGAGUAACUAUGUCAACCUUAAGCUUCUUGUCUGAAAGUUUUAUGUACUGCAUAUAUUUUUUAAUAUAACUUCAAAGAGAGAAUGAUUGUACAUUUUAAAUUGUUUCUCUUAGCUUUUGGUUCUUUUAAUUAUUUGCUCCUACACACCCAAAGAAUUGUUUUUAAGAACUGUCAUAGAGGUAAACUAUGGUCAAUAUGGGAGCAGCAUGUCCUUAAUAGAAAAGGUCUCCUCAAAGACAUAAUAAAGGGCUAUAAACAUAAAUUGAAAUAAAAGCAUACACCUGUUUUGUCCAAAUGCAUUAUUCAUACAACAACCCCAGUAUUAUUAUCCACUCCAUAUUGCAGAUGGUGGGGAAGGCAUUAGAACUACAGUGGUACCUCGCAAGACGAAUGCCUCGCAAGACAGAAAACUCGCAAAACGAAAGGGUUUUUCGUUUUUUGAGUUGCUUCGCAAGAUGAUUUUCCCUAUGGGCUUGCUUUGCAAGACGGAAACAUCUUGCAAGUUUGUUUCCUUUUUCUUAAAACCGUUAAUACAGUUGCGACUUGACUUUGAGGAGCAACUCAUAGCACGUGGUGUGGUAGCCUUUUUUGAGGUUUUUGAAGACUUUGGUGAUUUUUGAAGCUUUUCCAAAACUUUUCCGACACCGUGCUUCGUAAGACGAAAAAAACCGCAAGACGAAAAAACUCGCGGAAUGAAUUAAUUUCGUCUUGCGAGGCACCACUGUAAUGGGUUGCCUAAGCCCUAAAGCUACCUCAGGAGUUUGUGAUUGAGGUGAGAUUUGAAGCAGGGAUUUUCUCACUAACACCUUUUGCUACUCUUCCCCCCCCUUUUUUUUGCAAUGCAGAGACUCAACAGUGUGCACAAUAUUUUAGAUGUUGUCAUUAUUCAUGAGUGUUUAUUUGAGAGAUGGUGCCCAGGUUUUAAAAAUAAAUAAACAAUUGUCUGGGUUUUGUGUGUUUUUUUUUAAAAAAAACAGAUUUCAAAGUUACCUUUGAAAUAUUUCAUCUUUCUGCUAAACAGUGAUAAAAAGUCUAUUGUUUAAUUUAGGAGCCUGGGAGGUGUCCAGAUGCUGUUCUGAAAAAUGUGAAAGCUAGUUAUUUGACAGUAUUUUAAUAGCUGACAGAGUACCAGCAGAACAAUUUUUUAUCCAUCCUGCUUUCAUGCAUUGUUUUCUUCAGGUGAACCAAUGAGUGGAGACCAUCUCCAUCGUGCUGUUAGCAGAAAUGAUGUAGAUCAAGUCCUUACUAUUCUUAAAGGAAGGUGAGAAAUGAUUCACCUUUUAAAAUCUUCAUAUCUAUGUAAUAAUGAGCGAAAGAUAAUGACAAUUGCAUGACAAAUUGUGCUCAUUUUUCCUGUCUCCUAAAUAUUAAUGUUAAGCUUAUAUGUUAAGCUCAACAUGAUAGAUUUCUAAUUGCAAAUUAUGCUGUUACAGAAAUGGGUGCUAAUAUGUAUAUGUGUGUGUGUUUGUAUGUAUGUAUGUGUAUAGAUAUAUAUAGAUGCACGCGCACACACACACGCGCGCGCACACACACACACACACACACACAUAUUAUAACAUUGACCCCUGUGUGUAAGUAGAAGGCAGGCAUUCUAUAUAACUGACAAUUCCCUUUCCUAGUGACGGCACUAGUGAGAGCUGGUGUGGUGUAGUAGUUAAGAGCGGUAGUCUCGAAAUCUGGGGAACCGGGUUCGUGUCUCUGCUUCUCCACAUGCAGCUGCUGGGUUAUCUUGGGCUAUUCACACUUCUUUGAAGUCUCUCAGCCUCACUCACAUCACAGACUGUGUGUUGUGGGGGAGGAAGGGAAAGGAGAAUGUUAGCCGCUUUGAGACUCCUUCGGGUAGUGAUAAAGUGGAAUAUCAAAUCCAAACUCUUCUACUCUAUCAGAAAAUGCCACUGCAAAGGGUCCUCAAUCCUUGGGAAUAUUUUUUCAGGGAAUUUAGAGGUUGAUAUCAGAAAUGGGAGCUUAAAAGUACCCUUUCAUGGGGAAAAAACAUACUGUGCUUAUUGGAUCUAAGCCAUAUAAUUCUUUUAAGUUAUGAAAGGCAGCAAUGAUCCAUGAAGUUGUGUGCUGAGGAGCACUAAUCUAGGCAGACUCGGUGCUCUUGUUGUUGGGCACUGCAAGGUGAGCAGCAAAAACAUGAAGAUUACUAUAUGAGCAUUGUGCAGCUGCUGACUGGCCAGUGCAUGGUGUAAAUUGUGGGCCAUGGUGUAAGUGGCCCAGUCUACUUGCUUGUCAGCAGGUCAUAACUGCAGGGUGCUGACCUAGUAGGUUCAUAGCUUCCUGCCAUCUUGCAGUGCCUAUAAGUAAGAACACUGUGCCCCCACCUCCUCCACUGGGACACAGUGGUGGCAACUUUAAUGGAUCCUUACCACUGAUGAAUAGGCAGAAUAUGCACCUACGUACGUUGAGAAACAUUGGAGAAGAACUGUAGUGAUGGAAAUGUUUGAAAUGAUAACGAGUCUACUUUUUUCUUUUUUGAAAAGGCAAGUGGUGGUAGAUACACUCAAUAAACUAGGAUUUACAGCGUUGAUGGUGGCUUCACAAAAAGGAUAUACUAGGUAGUAUUGUAAUAUUUCUUUUACCUUUCUUGUAUGAGACUCUGUACAGAUCAGAAUAUUCAGUUAUAGUUCUCAUUAGUUUCGUGGUUUGGGGUGUGUGUGAUAUGAAGCUGCCAUUAUCUGCUUGAAAUUCAGGGAUAGCUGAUUGAUGACCCAUUGUAAUAUCUAAACGCAAACCAAUUUUAUCUGGCCCUCCACUGACUACCUAAUCCCUCCCCCAGCAAAAAAAAACAAGUAACAAGAUUCCCCACUUCAAAUUCCUCUUGCUCUCUUUCAUAUUGCAUGCAUUAUACGUAUUUAUACAUAUUAUAUGUACUGCUAUGCCUGGGCGUAUAUGAUUCAUUACUGUGAAUGUUUGACUAGACAGCAACAAUUUUAUUAUGGGGUAUUGGAAUCACUGACAGAACAGUAGCCUUCAAAACUGCAGAAGGUGGCCACCUCCCCUUUCAGAUGUAUUAAUUUUGGGAUUUCCUCCUCCCCCCCUUCAUUCCUUAAAUACUAUUUUAUAGCUACAGGCCUGAAACUGAUAAUUUAUUUAGUGUUCAGAGUAUGUUCUUUCACAUUCAUCCUCAUAACAUGACAGUGCAAUGAAUAAUUAUUAUUUGUUUUGUAGACUGAGAGCUAAGACUGAAGAACAGUGACUUGCUCUUGCUCAAAAUUACCUAGUUAAUUAUAAACAAAGUUUGGCUUGAAACCAGAAUUUUGUACAGUACUCUAGUCAAUGGAUCACAUCAACUUUAUAUUCUAGACUGGGAUAACUUGCUGCAGCAGUUGCUAUUGUUUAUAGUUGUACUGACUUACAAGGCAAGCUGUUAGUUGAUAAAUAAUUUCAGUGUGGCAUAUGAAUUUGCGCAUGGUUUGAAGACAGUGGUCAGUUUGCCACAUAACAAUUUCUUACUAUAGCAGCCAUCAUAAUUGGCACUCUAACUGAAUAUUCUUUAUAUGUCCUGGCAAGCUGCUGGUUGCUGAAAAAUAAUAUAAUGCAAAUGUUUUUUAUCUAGACUUGCACAGAUUUUGGUAGAAAAUGGAGCAGAUGUGAACCGGAAGAAUGCCAGUGGGAAAGACAGGUAAUAAAUGCAGUACAUUGCUUCAUCAGAUAACAUGGCGGAUGUUGAUAUUGUGGACUUAAAAAGUAUAUUUAAUGUAAACCUGUGUCCAUGGGGGAGGAAAUUUCACUGGGAUACUGUCUGCAUCAGUAAUAAUGCCUUAACUGAUUCUGAUCUGAAAUAGAACUCUUAAUUUUGCAGCUUUUGUUCCCCGGCUGUUGUUGAUACUUUGAGGCCUGGGCAACACAAUGCUGGCAUUCUCCCACCACCUGUAGGCAAUGGCAGCAGUACAUACAUAGCUUAGCCCAGGCAUCCCUAACCUUUGGCCCUCCAGAUGUUUUGGACUACAGUUCCCAUCAUCCGUGACCGCUGGUCCUGUUAGCUAGGGAUCAUGGGAAUUGUAGGCCAAAACAUCUGGAGGGCCGCAGGUUGGGGAUGCCUGGCUUAGCCUAACAUUCUGUAUCGGAGCUUGACAUCAUUUCUCUACUACAUGGUCCUUGAUGGUGAUGGGAAACACAACAUGACAUGGAUGGAGGAGCAGUAAAAUGUGGAACAGCAUGGGUGCAACAUUUGUGAACAGCAACAGAAAAAGCAGAUUAAAAUUAUUAUUUUCUGGGGAGGGAUUGGUUUUAGAGCCCAUAAACCCUCAAUUUUGACCCAUGUGUGGCACUUCAAUUUUCCUUGGAAUGAAUGAUAGCCAUUAAUUUAAAUGGCAGAAAGUAAAGGUAUGCAUUCAGAGGCACACAUGGACUAGGCUGAGGCUGAUAACUGAAAUGAGAAGCAAGUUUCUCUCUUCUCAGGUGUUGCAGAUUGCAGUCCAUUUAUAAUGGGAGUGAUGGUUGUGACAGCCUCUACUGACACUACUCUGAUUUGGGUUCUGUUUCUUGGUUUGUUUGUUUGUUUUUUACAAUCACACGGUAUAUAUAAGUUUAUGAAAUAGAUAUGAAAAUAAAUUAUGAAAUUGGUUAUAACAGUGUAUGACAUGGUAAAAACUGUGCAUAUAUAUAUAUAUAUAUAUAUAUAUAUAUAUAUCAUGAGAUAUAUUUGCAUUUCUAUUAUUUAGUGGAUUAUACUUUUGCCAUUCUAUGAAGCUUGUUAAAAUUUGUUUUAGUUGUUUGUUUCCUUAAAUACCACUUUUGUAUGCAAAGGGCCAUUGUGCUCUUUCCCAAAUAUUCAGUCUGUUUAGUGCACGCAACACUCUUACUGACCAGGAAGGACUUUAAAGUAGUAAAGUAAGCCAAUAGAUACAUAUAAUUUAGGACAACCAGUCAAAUUAGCAAGUGAACCGUGUUCAUCAGCCAGCAGAAUGAACUUCUGCUCAAUGGGACUUCCUUUUUCUCUCCUUCAAACAAAUGCAGAUAGAAGCCCCGUUUAGACCUUCCGCUUUCAGCCUGAGAAGGUCAGGGACUCAGCAAGCAGGGAUGGGGUUAUAGGGAGUAUGGUUGGCAUACACCCUGUCCAGGCAGAAUGUCCAGCCAGGGCUAGUUACUCAUUUUAAGGCCCAAAUCAAUAAUAGUGUCUGUUGGGUUUCCCCAAGUGUUUAAUAAACAACAAGGGUGUUCCGCUCUGUUUUUUUUAAAAAUAAUUUCUGACAGAAUUAGUUUGAUAAAUACAGUUAUUUUACUAUCUCCUCAAGACAUGUCCUUAUUAGAGCCUUUCCUGGACCACCUCUAGCCUCAACUCGCUGCUGAUCAGUUGACAUAUCACCUACUAACUUUUCAUUUGCCCGCACUUUGUCUUUCAUAUCUGUUUUGGCAGUCUAAUGUCGAUCCUAAACGAUUCAGGCAGUUUCUGGUUCUGGCAUUUGGUGUGGAUUGUACUAUGUUGUACUAUGUUGAGAGUACCAUGUUGAAAGUAUCAGCAGUAUAUAUAAAAGAAUCUUCCUGAACACAAAAGUAUGGUGAUUUUCUAAAAGUAAAUUUGUCCAAAGACCUCCAAAAAGCAGUCUAUUCAAAUCAGAGGAAAAUACAGAAUUACAGCAGUUAGAUGUCAGCAUAUAAGCAGCAGCAAGAAAUAAGAUACAAUAACUCAUAGAAUAACAAUACAAUUUUUAAUAACUUGGUCUAUGAGCCAGUUAAUUUCUAGUAUUACUUAGAUAUUUACACAAAAUCAUGCAAGUUUUCUUCCCAAUGAUAUUUUAAGUUAAUCUGAAAGGCCUGCUUUUAAAGGUGUUUCAUAAGUGGUACUAGAUGUCCCUGGUAAUGUUGGCUGAUGUUCUGUGGUUGGGAAAUCGUAAAUCUUACACUGAAGUCAAUAUGUUGUGUCUUCAGUUGAUGUCUAGGAUUUUGUUCUCUAUGGAAAUAUUAAAAUGAAGUAAUGUCUCAAAAGAUUCAACAGAAUCCUCAGUGAUACACACUGAACUGCAGAUGUUAGCAGUUACUAGGAAAAUGUUCUUUUGGUUUUUUCUUUGGCUAUUUUUGCUAACCCCAGUUAUACAUUUCACAAAAGCCCUUAUUUUAUAUAUAUAAAGGCUUCUUUUACAAUUAUCAGCCCAUUUUGUCCAUCUGGACAAUUGGAUAUUGUGUUUUGGUAUUGUACUACCAUUUCCUUUUAGCACUGUGAACAAGUUCUUCUAAUAGCUUGUUUACAUAUACUUUAUGUAGGCUUCAGUUUUACUAGUAAUAUAAUAGUGAUUAUAUCAGUGGUCAUAUAACAUAGCAAUAUACAGUCAUAAAAUGGUAUUUAACAGAAAAUUAACCAACUUAGAAGAGUAUUUAGACUAAGGUGUGGCUCACUUAAACAGUACUUAAUUUUCUAUAAACUGCAAAAUAACAAUCUUUUAUGUUAAUAAGUAGUGUUUUUUGUUUCUUAGUUUAAUGAUAGCUUGUUAUGCUGGUCACCUGGACAUUGCUAAGUAUCUCAGAUCCCAGGGAGCUUCUUGGUUAUCCAGAGAUCUUGGGGGAUGUACAGCUAUGCACUGGGCUGCUGACGGAGGACAUGUCGAUGUUAUUGAGUGGAUGGUCAAGGAUGGUUGUCAGGUAUGGUGUUCAUCUGCAUACUUUGAAGCAGUUUAUCAGAUGUGUACAUGCCACUGUAUAUAGGUGUGCUGUUAAUCAUUAUGGAAUGCUGCACUAGUUGUUGCCGUAAUUUCAAGGUUAUGAAGAAAUUGCAUUACCUGCUUUAAAAAGCUUGUAUAUAACUUUAAUAGUCAUUGGUUACUGUAUUUGAAACUAAUCUUGUUUACAUAAGAGGAUACUUGGUGGAAUAGAUUCAAAUGACCAAAUAAAUAUAUUCCAGGUUUGAAAAAAAGUACAAAUUUUGGUUGAAUCCAGUGUGUGCCUGAGUGAAAGACACUUGUGCAAUGUGACUUUCCCAUCCUGUCCUUCCCACUGUGAUCUUCUGUGCUCCCCACAAAGCUAUCCACUCUGACAAGCUGCUUCUAUACUAUUUUUUAUCAUUUCCACUGUAUUCCUCUGUGCCACAUCCUUUCCUAAGGAUUUUCCAGCCCUCAGGAGAGGCAUUUGAAAGGCCCAGAGGACUGCAAUGGAGAAUGGAGGUCCUUGAGCUUGUUUGGAGGUUCUAGCAGGGGAGCGCAGCUAUCGUAUACCCUUGACUGAAGAUCUCCUUCUAUCUGGGAUGGUUGUCCUCUUCCACUGAGCGCGCAGCUUCAGGAGGGACGCACAUGGAGCGGUGAGGGAGAAAGGGGACACCCGCCUAGACAGCCAGAUCAGCUGAAUCAACCCUGGCAAUCAAUGGGGUGACAGAUGUCGCAGCCAGAUCGCCCUCACAUCAAACAUACUCUAUCUAUUUUCCAAAGUUUGGUGAAUUCUGAUCGUGUGACCCAUUUGUUCUCGGUAGAUAAAGGCAAACUUUCCCCUGUUGUUGGAGUCACCAACAAGAUGAUCCCUGAAAUAAUUUUUAAAAACCAGGAAGAGGAAGUUCAAUUGAAUAUAUACAUUAUUGGAUUAUAUCCAGUAUUGUUUUUCAUGGGCAGGGUGGGCUUCUUCUCAUACAAUAGGACUCUACCUCCCUAUCUCUACCCGCCUGCAGCUUCCUGUAUACCCUGAAAAUCUGCUCUGGAAUGUUGGGAACCCUCUGGGACAGAAUUUUAGGGUAUUGGGGAACUGCAGUCGAGUAAAGUGAGUGGAAGUCUGCUUGUACAAUACUUGAUUCCACCCAGUGUAUUGGAAGAACUAAUAAAUUAGGAAUUAUAAUACAAAAUGAACAUCAAAUAUUAUGUUGAGUCAAUUUGAAAAACACAAACACACAAAUUAUAAGUGCAACACCUGCAAAUGUAACAGGGAAAUAAAUGUAAAUUGUAAGUUAAAAAUAUGGAAUGAAUGGGCAUUAUCUUGACCAAUAAUGCUACCACUGCUGCUGCUAUUACUACACUUUUAUCAGCAGCAUGCUGUGCACUCUGCAGAUAACAGUAAUGACACCCUCCUUGCCAAGAAGUGUUCAAUCAAAAUAAAAUGGAGAGGAUGAAACUGAAAAGCAAAGCUGUAUUAAGGCCAGCGAGUCUGUAAAAUAAGACUGAAUUUGGUUACCUGGCGGAAGAAGGCCCUGACAAUGUCAAGUGGUCUAGGAAUGAUUUUAUGGAAGGAAUAGAUAGUGGGAGAAUGAAUUGGGCUGAUAUAUAGAAAGGGCUAAGGAGGCUGCUCCAGGCAUCGAGAACUGCACAGCAUGAGAAAUAAAUUGCUGGAACAAGCAGGAAAGAGUAAUGCUGAAGAUAGGUAAUAAGCUCAGCAAGUAUUCAACAGAACAGAAAUCUCGUCAAUUUUCAUUGAAUUCAUGUUUCAAGUAUCAGAAGAACAUCUUUUCUUUGACAGAUUGAUCCUAAAGACACAGGCUUGGAGUGGACUCCGCUGAUGAGACUAUGUGCAAUAACAGGAAAAGCAGAUGUGGCCACAACUUUACUAGACGCUGGAGCUGAUGUGAAUGCAAAAGAUAAGGAUGGCAAGACACCUCUCAUGGUAUGCUCUGCUGCUAAGCAGUGUGCUGGGAUAUUUUGGAAUACACUUUGCAACCUCAUGGAAAAGUGCUGUGUGAAAAGCAACUUCAAAUCCAGAGUUCUCCUUUUUGUACACUUUUCCCCAAUAUUUUUGUAGUUCACUAGGGUUUAUAUACACUAUACGUUGUGGUUUUUGUGGUGCAAGUCUCCAAUAAAAAACACAACUGUGUAAAAAGCAUAUGUUAGUGAGAAGUGUGCACAAAAAUAUAUAUUUGUGAGAAAAAUGCACACAAAUGCUUUAUAUUAAGGAAAAUUGCUGGCAAACGUGUAUAUUAGGUUAAAUGCACCAAAAUGUACUCAAAUUUUCACAGACAUAUGCAGAAAUGAGGUGAACUGAAGACUGGAAAAAAUAAGAAACUGAAAUCAACAGGUUCAUCCAGUCCUGCCACUAACACAAUGUGGGGCUGCACUAGACUUUCUGCUAGGGGUCUGCACAACAGUCCAUGGAACUGCACUAAUACAGACAUACUCAAACUUUUGUCUGCUCUUAGAAAGGUCUUUUGAACUUACUUGUAUACUAUAGAAUGAGGCAGCUAGAUGCUUUGCUCUCAAAGAUCUGUAAUGUAUGAAACUGAGUUAUUAAUCCUGCCUCUUCCCUUCAACAAGGUUGUGCUGGUAUAAUUGGGGUUUGGGUGUGAAGCUUGUUUACCUGGUUGUCUGUUUAUCUGAGAACUACCUGCUCAUUCCGCCAGUUUUCUUCUGCAUUGUGAAACAUUUUGAUAAGGCGGUGUCUCAAGAGGUCUACUUAAGAAAGGCUUCUAGGUACUGGUGCUCCAUACUAUUCCCUGCCCCAUGGAAUAUAUUUACUGUUAUGGAAAGCCUUUCUUGCACAGAUGACAAGUCCUUUUUCAUUCACUACUAAUUUUGCCCACAGAAUGUAGUGGCUGUGCUAGAAGCCUUUUUACCUGUAUUGGGAUGACAGGAGGAUUUGCAAAGUAACACUUCACUUCCCCUUUGAUUUCUCUUAUUAAGGCACUUUAUCUCACAAUCUCUUUUCUGGUUUGGUGCAUGAAAUGAAGUACGUAGUCUGAGCAAAUUCAAAUGUUUCUUUAAUAGGAUGAGCCCUCUUAUUCCUUCAUACUUGGAAAUUCAUCUUUCUGAAGUACUGCAUUUGUAUUUGUAGAUUCUAUAAAGAUCAAAAUGCUCUGUUAACAUUUUCAUUCCAGUCAGCACACAGAGCGAGCGAGCAAGUACUUCUCUACCUUUACAAACAGGUGUUUGGGAUGAUAUUUUAAUGAUCUGUAGAAGCAGGUGUAUUAUCGCCAAGCUCUAAUGGCUAAUAUUCGGAUCCUUCAUGUAAAGGCAGACUUCAAUGCUGCAGUAGAGGAUGGAGAUCGUCAGAACUCCAGGAGAGCCUACAGAAGUUCAACAUACUGAAGCAGUGCACAAAUGACUUGUAGCAAAUGACUCAACUAUCACUGCUCCUAUAUGCAAAAUUCUGGUCAGGAUUAUAUAGCUUAAGAUCACCACAUACACUGUUUUACUAUUUAUGUAAGGCAUCUAUAUACCACUUAAUCAUUAGCAUUGCUAAGCAGUGUGCAUAAACCCAAACUAGACAGAGAAUAUAAUGAUAAAAAUUCAUCGUAAAACUGAACACAACCCCUGUGGGUUGCAUUCAGCUAAGUCUUACUCAGUCAGCCCUUUGAAAUUAAAAUAGUCAUGUCUAUUAACUUAGGUGGAUCUACUCUGAGUGGGACUUGCAUUUAAUACCACCUCUGAUAUUCAGUGGUGUAAAUGUAAGUUGUUUCAGUUGUACACUACUAUAAAUGUGUUGUGCAAAAUACACUCGGGGUGCUAUGACUGAUGGCAGCUUCUUGUUAAGUGCACAGAUUCACCCCCAUGCAAUGGUUUGUAAGGCCCUUAGAUCUUGAGUUCUGGCUGCUAGGCCAUGUUUGGCCUAGCUUUUGAAAGCUAUUUAAUAAGUUUGGCAUACUUGUAGUUGGUUGAUGAUAACAUUGUCAAGAGAAUAUUUAAAUAUAGUCAACAAAAUUAAAAAUAAAUAAAGCACAGACCCUAGCUGUCAGGAGUAUAAACCAACCCAGCCCUCUGUUAACAUUCUAGCUGCUCUUAUUCCAAAAUAAACACAGCUAUGUGGCUGUCAGAUACGUUUGUGUGUAUCUCAGUACCAGAAAUGAAGAUGCAUUUGUUACAUUCCUUCUAAAAGUGAUACCAUGCCAGUUCCUCAUAGAAGUGGUAGUAGCUUUGACAAUUAUUUCUCAUCAGUUGGAGGUUGCUCAAACAGUAACUUUCAGAGUUGGAACACAACGGUGUUUGGAGUUUAUUUCCAAAUUUGGGAUGGUGUUCUGAUAUUGAGUAAUCUUUGCAUUGUGUCAGUAGGUAAUGUGUUGGCUUUCAUUGAAGAAAAAGGUGUCAAUUUGUCUUUUCUCCAAAAUAGUUCCAAUAGGAGAACAAGCUUAUUUUAUGCAAACACCCAACUAUAUAUAAUAUCAUUUCCCCUUAAUUUUAACUAUAUACAUUUUGCAUAUAUAAUUUCCCCCUAAUCUUACUUCCAGGUGGCAGCAUUAAAUAACCAUGAAGAAUUGGUAGCAUUACUUCUAGAAAGAGGAGCAGAUCCUGAUGUUAAAAAUGAGGUAAUAGCAGUACGAGUGGCUUUUUCAGUACCAGUUUUAUACACACAUCCAAAAACUGUUUAAAAUAACAAAAUUAACAUGUUUUUUUGGGGGGGGGAUUUUUUUCCAGUUUGGCAAAGGUGCCCUGGAAAUGGCUAGAGGCAUGAACAGACAGGUAUGGGUAUCUUUUACUUGAACUCUUCUCCUGAUUUCUAUUCUUUAAGCAUUUUAUCCUCAUUUGCUGUUUUUCUUCCCUUUUUUAGAGUGUGGUUUCAAUAAUAGAAGAAAGGAAAAGACAAUUAAGUAAUGUGAACAUGGAGUCUUCUGCAUCCUCUGCUACAAUUGUGUGAAGCAGACAAUUUGAAGCCUAGUCUUACCUACGAAGGAGGUCAGGCCACAAGGACUAAAUCCUAGUUGUUUUUCUUUUUCCUAAUUAGCUGUUACACACUCUUGGGUGCCUUGAUUAAAAUGCUAACUUUGCUUCUCCAGCAUUUUUCUCUGGCGUUUAAAUUCAUCUACAUUUUAGCAGCAUUAUUUUCUCAUUAUGGUCAGUUUUUACAGUGAUCCUAUUUUUUGCUCUUCUGUCCUCUUGUUCUCAUGCUAGCAGCUGUUCCUGUUACAUGCCCUUGAGUAGUAGCAGUCACUGACGUUAAGGGCAAAACUAGAACAUGUCAUAAAUUAUCAUGUAGUUUGCUGUAGAAUGCAUGGCUUCUCAAUAAAUAAAUAGGUGGCAUAGUAAUAAUAAUAAUAAUAAUAAUAAUAAUAAAAUUUUUUUUUACAAAUUUAUACCCCGCCCUCCCCAGCCAAGGCCGGGCUCAGGGCGGCUAACAAGCAAUAAAAACAAGUUGAAUGAAUACAACUUAAAAACAGGAUUAAAAUACAACAUUAAAAUAUUGAAACAUUAAAAUAUUAAAAUGCAGCCUCAUCACAGGAGGAGAAAGGAAAAAGGAAAAAGAAAGAGGGGGAGGGAUUCCAAUUGGCUCCAAGCCAAAGGCCAGGCGGAACAAUUCUGUCUUACAGGCCCUGCCGAAAGAAAUCAGAUCCUGCAGGGCCCUGGUCUCAUGAGGCAGAGCGUUCCACCAGGCCGGAGCCAGUGCUGAAAAGGCCCUGGCUCUGGUUGAAGCUAAUCUAACUUCCUUAGGGCCCGGGACCACUAGGGUGUUGCCAUUUAUGGACCUUGAGGCUCUCAGUGGGACAUACCAGGAGAGGUGGUCUCGUAGGUACGAGAGUCCUAGGCCGUGAUGUAGUAGGCCAAAUGGCCAGGGCGGGGGAAUGGAGAACAGGGCUGGGAGCACAACAUAGGAGGUGGGGCUUAGCGCUUUGUCUCUGCCAUGGCCCCAGUGGGAGUUGCGUGCAUGCGCGUACUCUCUCUCUCGUGAUUCACAAUGGGGAAAAUCUCCCGUUAUGACCAAUGGUAGCUUUACUCCCAACAAUAUGAUGAUACCAUUUUGACUCCCCCCCCAACAGUUAUAUAUUAAAAAACGAAAAUCCCAAGGAUGCCUGGGCAUACUAUGUAAUAAAAUAAUUACGUCUAGCUUGGCUCCAAUGCUACGUUCUUUGGAUGUCCUUGUGCAGUGUAACUGAUUUUUGUAGAGGAGAAAGUAGGUAGCAAGAUAAUUGGGAGAGGGCAAAAUGAGCCACUGUCCAUGGAGUGGCAUUCUGCCACAGUGACCUGAAUUCCUAAGGCUUGUGCUGCCACACUAAAGGAAUGACUCCUUGCAAAUGCAGAAUGGAUUUUAUGCAAUACUUGGAAAACUGUGAGUUCAAAGUGAUGGAAUAAAUGCCAUUAGGGACUUUAUAUGCCAAUAGUAUAUUGAACUUGGUCUGGUAAGAAAUUGGUAUUUGUCCAAGUUUCUUGGCCACCUCAUAGAUGCACAGCAAGCUGCUCAUUAAAAUCAGAUUCUCUCAGAGUAAUUGUACAUGCAAAUACUGCAGUUUUUGUUCGGAACAGAAACACCCAUGAAAGAAUUCAGAAUGUUAGUUUGUGGGGAUAGUGAAACAAGCUGGUUCAAAUGGCUCAGUUGGUUAGAGCAUGGUGCUGAUAACACCAAGGUUGCAGAUUUGAUCCCCAUAUGGGAAAGCUGCAUAUUCCUGCAUUCCUGCAUAUUCUUGCAUUGCAUGGGGUUGGACUAGAUGGUCCUCAGGGUCCCUUCCAAUUCUACAAUUCUGUGAUUCUAAAUGACAAAAAGCUGAACAGAAUAACAGAAAAUCCAUUCUAGAAACACUGUAUUUUGUAAGUUAGAGUCUAAUCUUUCUGAGCAGCACAAGACUUAUGAUGACAUCAGAACCAUGAUCAUAGCUUUUUAAAUAUUAACAUAAUAAUAAUAAUAAUAAUAAUAAUAAUAAUAAUAAUAAUAUGAUUGACUCUGUACUUGCUUGCAGUAAGUACACAAGUUGGAGGAAAUCAACUUUUUUGGGAGGUAUGUGUGUAUAGGAUUGUGGUCUUAAUAGCACAUUCAGGAGAAUCUUAUGAGAUUAUUAUUUUCAAUGUUCCCCGUUCUUUGCAGACAAAAUAAAUGAUCCCAUACCUGGUCAACAAAGUAUUCAAAGUUUUAUUUCCUCAAUAAAUUAUUCCAUUUUCAAAACCUUUUAAUAAUUGCAGAAAACACAAAUCAGUACAUAACUAAGGAUGUAUUUACUGUUUAUUUAAUACAGAAUACUUAAUAGGAAAUAGAUUGUCCUGCUAUUGAAACAUGUUUGUAGCCUCUUAACAUGAUACUGCAAUAAUCAUUACAAAAAAGUGUAUAAAAGUAAGGUAAACUGUUACACAGUGCAUUACGUAGAAAGUUUUAGCAAACUGACAUUUAACUGAAAGCAUUAUAAAGGUAUGGUUCAUAAAAAUUAAUGGCUUAUGUCACUCUAAUAUUCAUAUAUAGUGUGCUAAAUGGUUUACAAUUAACAGUCUUAUCACCACAGUCUUAAAAACAUCACAUGGAAGAAAGUCCCACUGAAUGUAGCUAAUGGAACUUAACUUCCAUGAAAAUGUAUCAAGGAUCAGGUUAUCAGCAGUUAAAAUAUCAGUUGCUACUCUUAAUGCAAAGAGUGAUAGCACCUUUUGUUCAUAGUCAGUCCUGGUGGCAAUUCACAUUGCAUUUUAUAUGCCUGCUUCAUGCUAAAAGAGAUACCUAAAUGUAAAGUACAACAGAAGAAUAAAAGGACUGAAAUGUCUUUCCUUCCCAGGAUGAUACAGGAAAUUGUUUACUUGCAUUAUCUUGAGUAAUAAAUACUAUUUAUUACAUUGGUACAGUUACCCUGUGAUGAUGAUUGCAUGUGAUUACAACUUAGAAGGGAUAUUCAAAUCAGAUUUAUUUAAGGGCUGUGUACCCCACGCUUUAACAGGUUCCCAGGCUGGCUUACCAGGUAAGUUCGUUUGGUGUUUUUUUCCAUUGGUGCAUUAACAAAUUUAUUAUAUUAUGAUAUAUCAGGAAAUGUAAAUCAAAUUGUAGAAUUCCAAGAACAUUUUUGUUACAUUAAGAAACCUACUAUAAACGGCAAUAGUUAAAAAUGCAAAAAUAUGUCAUAUGUGCCUGAUUAAACCUGCAACAUAACUAAUUUUGCACCUUGAUUCACUCUGACUGUGCAAUGAGAGCUUAUUUAGAAGCUAAGCUAACUUGAGGAAGAAGCAUAUCUGAUGGUUUAAGGUGGGGUGGUUAACCUGUGGGCCUCCAGUUCUUGAUGGACUACAACUCCCACCAUCCUUCUCCAUGCUGACUGGGGCUGAUGUAGUUCAACAAUAUCUGCAGGGCCACAGGUCAGCUAGCCCUGAUUUAGGGGCUCUUGACUCAUAUUUAUUUCACGUUCAAAUUAAUUAUGUAAAUAUUCAACGGAUCUGGAAGCACAUGGAGUUCUCAUUUUUAUGUAAGCAAAAUUCAAAAUUAUGAACAAGGAGGGAUGUGGAAGAGAACCUGGG